CCCCUCAGACCGGAAGGAGUUGCGGGCGUUUCCUGCGCUCAGCGGCCUUGUGGUUGCCUCGGUGAUGUCGUGGGUUCAAGCCGCAACUUUCGUGGGCGAUCAAGGAGAACAGGGCGAAGUGUUUGAUGAGGAAGCGGACGAGUCGCUCCUGGUGCAGCGGGAAUGGCGGAGCCACAUGCAGAGACGCGUCAAAGAAGGUUAUAGAGAUGGACUAGAGGCUGGCAAAGCAGUUACUCUGCAACAAGGCUUCAAUCAAGGUUAUAAAGAAGGUGCAGAAGUCAUUAUAAACUAUGGACAACUCAGAGGAACUUUGAGUGCUUUGCUCUCCUGGUGUCACCUUCAUGAUAACAGUUCGACUUUGAUCGGUAAAAUAAAUAAUCUUCUGGAUGCAGUUGGCCAGUGUGAAGAGUGUGUUCUCAAACAUCUGAAAUCAGUUACCCCACAGCCCCAUGUUGUAGAUUUAUUGGACUCCAUUCAGGAUAUGGACCUUUGUCAUGUAGUUCCAGCUGAGAAAGAGAGUGAUAAAGCUAAAGAUGAAAGACUCUGUGAAAAUAAUGCUGAGUUGAACAAAAAAUGUAACAAGAGCCUUGACUGUUCAUCUUCACAAUGUGGUCGGGAGCACACACGUUCUGAAAACCCAAGUCUCUCCUGGAUCUUAGAGCAAACAGCCAGCUUAGUAAAACAGCUGGGAGUGUCAGUAGACAUAUUACAGCACCUCAAACAGCUGUAAAAGUUCACUUUCCUAAUGAAAAUAACGUUCAGAACAUUUCUUAGAGUGUUUUGUUUCUUAAUAAGCUUACCAAAAUUUGUACUGGUGUCUACAUUGAACACUUCACUAUCCUUCAUGGAAGUUUGAAAUGUCUUCAAAAUUAACACUAUUAAAUGUAACAUAAGUCUUUUUUCUCUGUCACUGAUAAUUUUUGUGUAGUUUAAGAUACGCUCAGAAAUUCUCGUUGUAUUGUCAUUUUCAAAUUUCUGAUCCAAACCAAGCAUUUUCAGACUCACUAGCAAAAGUAAACACAAAUCAAACAUUUCAUAAGGACCUAACCCUACUUUCUUGCUCUGUCACCACAGGUGGUUAGGAUCUCAUCACCAGCUAAUCAGACCAGAGUUAGUAAAAAUAACCUAAUGGCUAAUAUUGUAAAUACACACACACACAUAUAAAACAUAUAUGAAGACAUAUUUUGAAAAUAUGAGGUUGUAAAUGUAAGAAACCGAAAAAUGUUUAUACUGAUCAUUAAAAACACUAAAAAUACAAAU